GGCAACUGCACGCGCUGCGACGGGCGCGACGACCUCAAGGAUUUCGCGAGCAUCCGCUCCGCGAUGAAGGUGCUCGCCUUCUCCGAGACCGAGUACCUGGACAUCUCCAGAUGCUGGCGAGCAUCCUGCACCUGGGGAACCUCAAGCUGCAAGGUGGAUGAGGCCGAGGUUCAAGAGUGCCUCACCAAGAAGGUGAUGCUGAUGCGUGGGGAGAAGGUGACGACGCUGCUCAGCAUGGCGCAGACUCAGGAGGUCCGGAACGCCUUCGUGAAGGCGAUCUACGGCAAGAUGUUCGUGUGGAUCGUGGACAAGAUGAACUCCAUCGUGUACAAGCCGCCCUCUCGCGGCGGCGGCGAGCAGGAGGAGGAGCGACGCUCCAUCGGCCUCCUCGACAUCUUCGGCUUCGAGAACUUCCAGACGAACAGCUUCGAGCAGUUCUGCAUCAACCUGGCCAACGAGGCGCUGCAGCAGUUCUUCGUGGGACACAUCUUCAAGCUGGAGCAGGAGGAGUACGAGCGAGAGUCCAUCUCGUGGAAGAACAUCACCUUCACCACGGACAACCAGGAGGCCCUCGACAUGAUCUCCAGCCGCCCGCUCAACCUCAUCGCGCUCAUCGACGAGGAGAGCAAAUUCCCGCAG